CUCUGCUUUCACUGACAUUAGACGUUCGGCCAAUCGUAGCAGCACACGAACAUAAACUUGCCACGUCCAGACUUUCUCGUGGCAUCAUCAACUUCGUUCACUGCGAUUCCACAUCGGCUCAGUUGUGGUUUGGUCGUAAAUAGCAGCUGUGGGCUAGAAAGAAUAUCAAAUAUGCGAGCUUUAACUGUGUUCAGUGCGGUGCUUUUCAUCGCUGGAUGCGCCCUGGUGUUAUCCGAGGAGGAAGUCAAACUCGAGGAUGGUGUGUUGGUGCUAACAAAGGACAACUUCCAGCAAGUGGUGGAAGGAAACGAUUUCGUCCUCGUCGAGUUCUAUGCCCCAUGGUGCGGACACUGCAAAGCUCUGGCCCCUGAGUACGCUAAGGCUGCUAAGGCUCUCGCGGACAAGAAUUCCAACAUCAAACUAGGCAAAGUUGACGCAACCGAAGAACAGGAACUGGCGGAGAAGCAUGGCAUCCGUGGGUAUCCUACGUUGAAAUUCUUCCGCAGCGGAACUCCAAUUGAGUACAGCGGAGGCCGCGAAAAGGACACUAUCAUUUCAUGGUUGGAGAAGAAAACUGGUCCGGCCGCGAAGGAACUGGAAGAUGUUGCCAGUGCUGAGGAAUUCUUGAAGGAAAACAACGUUGCUGUUGUCGGUUUCUUCAAAGAUCGCGAAUCCGCCGAAGCCAAAGUGUUCCUAGCUACAGCCAACGCCGUCGAUGACUAUCCGUUUGCCAUCACAUCCAGCGACGAUGUUUACAGCCAUUACGAAGCCAAGUGUGGCUCAAUCAUUCUGUUCAAACACUUUGACGAUGGUAAGGCUGUAUUCGAAGGGGAAGUUAAGGAAGAAGAAUUGAAAAAGUUCGUUGCCGCUCAGGCUCUGCCACUGAUCGUUGACUUCAGCCACGAAACCGCUCAGAAAAUCUUCGGUGGUGAAAUCAAGAACCAUUUGCUGUUCUUCGUUUCGAAGGAAGCCGGACACUACGAGAAAUACGUUGAUCCUGCAAAGGAAGCUGCCAAGAAGUACCGCGAACAGAUCCUCUUCGUCACCAUUGACUCCGACCAGGAAGAUCACCAACGUAUUCUCGAAUUCUUCGGAAUGAAGAAGGAUCAAGUUCCAUCGGUGCGUAUCAUCCGUCUCGAGGAAGAUAUGGCUAAGUUCAAACCCGAAACGAGCGAAUUGGAUGCCGAAUCAGUGGAAAACUUUGUCAAGAGCUUCCUCGAAGGAAAAGUGAAGCAGCAUCUGCUGUCGCAAGAGUUGCCUGAGGACUGGGACAAGCACCCAGUCAAGGUUCUGGUCGCCGAUAAGUUUGAUGAAGUCGUCAUGGACACCACCAAGGAUGUUCUGGUCGAAUUCUACGCUCCAUGGUGCGGACACUGCAAACAGCUUGUUCCAAUCUAUGACAAACUGGGAGAGAAGUACGCAAAUUCCGAUUCGAUCGUUAUCGCUAAGAUUGAUGCUACCGCGAACGAACUAGAGCACACAAAGAUCAACUCAUUCCCCACGAUCUAUCUGUACCGAAAGGGUGACAACCAGAAGGUUGAAUUCCGAGGAGAUCGCACAUUCGAAGGAUUCGUCAGUUUCCUGGAGGGCAAGGAAUCAGAGGACGACUCCAAGGAGGAAACCGAAAGUGAAGAGGAGAAGCCAAGCAAGGAUGAGCUGUAAAUGUAAACAACAGUGUUUUCUUCAUAAGCGCAAAUAAAACAGAACAACCGAAGACAGUAACAUCUUUAACAUUCAAAUAAACAUCCACGGUGUGAUCGACAAGAAUUAUUACUGAACAGGAAAGGAGGAAAACAAAAUUUGUAAAUUCCACGCUCUCAGACGAGAUUUCGAGGAAGGACGCGGUUAAGACUUGUAGAUGACUAAAAGGGUAGAAAUUUAACUUUGCAUGAGACUGUUUUAUUUAUUCAAUGUGCUAUCAAGGGAAAAACAGCGAGGAUGUAAACAUGGGUUCCAGACAUCUACUCAUGUAAAAAGAGACACUAGAGAGAUGGGUUGAAGUGAGUUGCAUUUUUCAAAUGUUAUAUUAACAUUAAAAAAUAAAAAAGGGGAAAAAUCAGAACGAAAUGCAAGUUUUGUUUCAAGGCUUCCAUCAUUCAAUAAUGUUCAUGUACGAAACGAGUACACAAAACACGACGCCCAUAUGCACUGAACUGAUAAAGUUUCAUCAUCUGUACUUUGCUAUUCAAACAACUACAUUAUUUGGGAUGUCAAUCAAACGGCCCCGACUCGACGUGAGCCAUCCUCGACAACGAUUCAUACACAUUCCUUCGGACACGGAGCAGCACAUUUUUACCGGUACGAUUUUUUAGGGGCAUUAAUUGCUUUACCCUUGACUUUGAUUGACUUAUUUUUGCGUGUAAUGGGUAAUUUUUACUCGUUUUGUAUAACGUUGGAUUUUUCUUCUAUUCGGAGCUUUUAUUAUAUUGUAAAACAGAAAGAGUAAUAAAAAAUAGUGAAAAUUAUAGACAAA